GCCCUGAAACAUCGUUAAAGACAACUUCUUUCUUCUUCUUCUUCAUACUCUUCACCCAUUUUCUUCUCCUUGUCCUUUUUUUAUUUGUCUUUGCAUACAUGGCGAUCUGGUUUGCUAGAUCCAGAAACAUCGUUUCUAGCCUGAGACAGAAUCUUGGUUUGUCGAAAAUUCUCUUCAAACGCGAUUACUCUCAUCGUCCCGUUUUUAAAAAUUCUCAGUUAUCCUCUACGGUGUUUUUGGGUCCCGUCAAGAGCCUCCGUCACGAGUCUACGGCAGUGGAGAAACAGCCUGAUUUGGUUCAACUCAGUGAUGAGGAAGAUGCCCAGCUGGAAUUGGAUUUUCCGGGAGGCAAAGUCGGUUACACAUCCGAGAUGAAAUUCAUACCGGAAUCUUCUUCUCGGAGAAUCCCGUGUUAUCGGGUUCUUGACGAAGACGGAAGAAUCAUCCCCGAUAGCGAUUUCAUUCCGGUGAGCGAGAAACUCGCCGUGAGAAUGUACGAGCAAAUGGCGACGCUUCAGGUGAUGGACCACAUCUUCUACGAAGCUCAACGUCAAGGAAGAAUCUCUUUCUAUCUAACUUCCGUCGGAGAAGAAGCCAUUAACAUCGCUUCCGCCGCCGCUCUCAGCUCUGACGACGUCGUUUUGCCUCAGUACCGAGAGCCUGGAGUUCUUCUAUGGCGUGGCUUCACGUUGGAGGAGUUUGCGAACCAGUGCUUUGGGAACAAAGCUGAUUAUGGCAAAGGCAGACAAAUGCCGAUCCAUUACGGCUCCAAUAGACACAACUACUUCACCGUCUCCUCUCCAAUCGCCACGCAGCUUCCUCAAGCUGCUGGAGUUGGCUAUUCUCUCAAAAUGGAGAAGAAGAACGCUUGUGCAGUAACAUUCAUUGGAGAUGGUGGCACAAGCGAGGGAGAUUUUCACGCCGGACUGAAUUUCGCGGCGGUGAUGGAAGCUCCGGUAGUAUUUAUCUGUCGAAACAACGGUUGGGCCAUAAGUACUCAUAUCUCAGAACAAUUCAGAAGUGAUGGAAUUGUUGUGAAAGGUCAAGCUUACGGUAUUCGAAGCAUCCGUGUGGACGGUAACGAUGCUCUCGCAGUUUAUAGCGCGGUACGCUCAGCAAGAGAAAUGGCUGUAACAGAACAAAGACCAGUUCUCAUCGAGGCGAUGACAUAUAGAGUAGGACAUCAUUCUACAUCAGAUGAUUCGACUAAAUACAGGGCGGCCGAUGAAAUCCAGUACUGGAAAAUGUCGAGAAAUCCUGUGAACAGAUUCAGGAAAUGGGUUGAGGAUAAUGGAUGGUGGAGUGAGGAAGAUGAAUCUAAGCUAAGAUCUAACACAAGAAAACAGCUUCUACAAGCGAUUCAGGCGGCGGAGAAGUGGGAGAAACAACCACUGAUAGAGUUGUUUAACGAUGUGUAUGAUGUUAAACCAAAGAAUCUAGAGGAGCAAGAACUUGGUUUAAAGGGAUUAGUAGAGAAACGACCUCAAGAUUAUCCUCCUGGUUUUCAUGUCUAAAUCUAGAGGAAGUGUGAUGUUGAAGAUCUCGUUCUCAUUUACGGUGUAAUGUGUAUCAUGUACAUUGAUUAUUUAUAUUGCCCACGAAUCGAAUAGUACUCGAGGACGAUUGAAACCAGCAUUACGAGCAUCGUGAAACGGCCUUGAGAAUGUUAUAUUCGUCGUUUAAUAGUUGGUUAGUAUGACCGUAAUGCAAAAUUUGAACAUGUUUAUGCAUGAUAUAAUAAAAUAGGCCUCAAGAAAAGUUUCCUUU